AUGAUGGUGAACUCUUUGGCUUUGAGGAAAGCCAACGAGAUGAAGAUGAGCUGUACGUGCGCGUCUAUCUGCGAAAACGGCAACGUCGACUCCGACAACGGCAUGUCUUCCACGUCGUCGUCACGGAGCGACAGAGAAGCCAAAGUCGGGGUCUUGUCGAACGACAGCGACACCUGGUUGAUCAAGGUCUUUAUGCUGCUAGAACGGUGUUUUUUGGAAUUUACCUCUGGUUCCGACAGCGGGUUCCAGAACAGGUCGGGUCCCAACACAACUGGUGUCGAGCUCAGAGUGGACGAGACACUCACGGAGCCGCUCUCGUGCUCCAUUUUCUCGAAAUAUGUCUCGUUGACGUUUCUGAGCUUUGUGCCAUUUUUCGCAACGUCGUCUUUACCGCAAAGCACGAUCUGCGAGUCUGCCAACGGAGGAAUCCAUUCGGCCAGCCCGAGAGCGAUCCACGCCAGUCCCGAGUUCAGAAACUCCUCGCAUAGCUCCAUCAGCUCCCCCACCUCUGUGAUGGGAGGUCGUCCUUUAUACUUGAUUCCUCUAAAUUUGGCGGGCGAAGACGACGUGGACGAGAAUGAGCGGAGAUCUGUGGUCUGCACAGACUUGGAUUUGGGAGAAGAGCGCGACGAUGAAUUGGACGGGUCCGUAGGAAAACCUGUAGACCCAUUGACGUUUUGA